AGGAAGGAGUUCUCCGGUCGUCUGUAAGACAGCACUGAGGGCUUAAAAACCACGCAGCCGCUUUCUACAUGCACCUAUACACAUUUUUAAAAGCCUGCUCCAAAACACACAUGGAAUUACGACAUAGUUUAUUUGAUGCAUGAAAGGAAUUUGUGACAGCCAGACCGAGGACAUUUUCGUCUAGUUCAUGAAUUAAAGAAACAAAGUUGUUGCCAUGACGACAGACGAAGCGGAGAGUAACCAGAAGAAGCCACGGCAGCAGGACGAAGCUGGCCAGGAAGCUGGCCCACCCUCACCGGAAGAAGAGCAGCUCCGGCCUCGUACUCGCAACUCGGCUGGACGUGGGCUGUCACGCCUCUUCUCCUCCUUCCUGAAGAGGCGCUCACAGUGUGAAGGGGAGGUCGGAGAGAAGGAGGACAAAGGAGGAGAAGAAGCGAAGGCUCCUAUUGCUGACCCAGAACCCGAGCUGAGGAUUGAGGGAGACGUUGCUCUCGACCAGCACUCAGUCAGCAGCACUGAGGCACAGCUUGCUCAGGUAGAUCAUAAAGAAGAAGCUGAAGAGAGGCGUGGAAAGGAUAAAGAGGAAGAGAAGGAGAAAGGAGACGAGGCUGCUCUGGGGAAGGAAGAGGAGGAGGAGGGGCUUAACCCUGAAGAAGGCAGAGAGGGAGAGAAGGAGGAGAAGACAGCAGAGGAAGAGGCCAAACCUCCUAAAGUCCUCCGUCGGCCCAAGAUCAUGCAGAUUAAAGUCACCCUGCUGGAUGACACUGUAUAUGAGUGUGAGUUGGAGAAACAUGCCAAUGGCCAAGAGCUAUUCAUCAAGGUGUGUGAUCACCUCAACCUGUUGGAGAGGGACUACUAUGGCCUGGUCAUCUGGGAGACACCCACCGUGAAGACUUGGAUGGACUUGGCCAAGGAGAUUCGCAGGCAGGUACAAGGCACCAACUAUAAUUUCACAUUUAAUGUGAAAUUCUACCCACCGGAUCCAGCUCAGCUUUCUGAAGACAUAACAAGGUACUACCUAUGUCUCCAGCUGCGUAAGGACAUCCUGCAGGGCCGGUUGCCCUGCUCCUUUGUCACCCUGGCCCUGCUGGGUUCCUACGCCCUGCAGUCGGAGCUGGGUGAGUACGAUCCCGAGGUGCAUGCCAGUGACUACGCCAAGGACAUGAAGCUGGCCCAGGGCCAAACCAAAGAGCUGGAGGACAAGAUGAUGGAGUUGCACCGCACAUACAGGUCAAUGAGCCCAGCCCAGGCAGACAUGAUGUUCCUCGAGAAUGCCAAGAAACUCGCCAUGUAUGGGCUUGACCUUCACCAGGCCAAGGAUCUUGAUGGGGUGGACAUCAUGCUGGGGGUUUGCUCCAGUGGUCUGAUGGUUUACAAGGACAAACUGAGGAUCAAUCGUUUCCCAUGGCCCAAGGUCCUAAAAGUUUCAUACAAACGCAGCAGCUUUUUCAUCAAAAUAAGGCCAUCAGAGUUGGAACAGUAUGAGAGUGCAAUUGGCUUCAAACUACCCAAUUACAAGGCAUCCAAGAAGCUGUGGAAAGUGUGUGUUGAACAUCAUACCUUUUUCAGGCUGACAUCCACUGAGGUGGCCACCACUCCCAGGAAGUUCCUGGCAUUGGGCUCUAAGUUUCGCUACAGUGGCCGGACCCAGGCCCAGACACGCCAGGCCAGCUCUUUAAUAGACAGACCGGCCCCUCUUUUCCAGCGCUCAUCCAGCAAGAGGAAUUCACGGAGCCUGGAUGGAGCCAUGGCAUCCACUCCAGACAAAACCACUCGCCCAGUCAGUGCGCCCAUCAUGUCACCAGUGUCUCCUGGGGAGCCUGCUCCAUCACCUCUGCCCUCUGCUUUGCCUCACACCGUGCGCCAUGAAAGCUCCACACCCAAGGGCAAAUCCCGCUCAGCAGACAGGAAGGCAGAGAUAAAGGUGGAGAGCCAUUCAGCAGAGUCUACCAAAACCCAGAACCCCAGACAGGAGUCUACUCCAGAAAUCAAGACAGUGGCCAGGAGAGAGCGGAGGCAUUCCCCCGCUGUGACCACUGCCAAUGGGGAGAGGGAGAAAAAGAGCCAGCGCUCUCCCCAGGACAGAACAAAGGUGGACACGAUGCGAGUGAGGAAGCUAAACCCUAAAGGCUUGGCAUGCACUAUUUUCCUCUCUAAUUCUAAUGAUCUGGAUAAGACCCAGACUGAGAUCAUGCGUCACCACACGAGCAUUAGUGAGCUGAAGAGAAGUUUCAUGGAGUCAGUACCAGAGCCUCGCCCCAGCGAGUGGGACAAGCGUCUGUCCACCAACUCACCUUUCCGCACCGCCAGCAUCAAUGGCCAGCUGCAGCCAGCAUCUCCUGUGCUGAAGACCCAGACAAUAACCAUCUCAGACGUCACCAACUCAAUGAGAGGAACUGUGGCUAACAAGGAGGUUCCCAUAGUGCACACAGAGACCAAAACCAUCACAUAUGAGUCAGCACAGCCGGUGGACAGCCUGGCUGAGAGGGAAUCGGGAGUGCUACUGAGUGCCCAGACUAUCACCUCUGAGACCGUCAGCACCACCACCACCACCCAGAUCACCAAGACAGUGAAAGGAGGAAUAUCUGAGACUCGCAUUGAGAAGAGGAUUGUCAUCACCGGAGACACCGAGAUCGAUCAUGAUAAGGCUUUGGCCCAGGCUAUAAAGGAGGCAAAGGAACAGCAUCCAGAUAUGUCUGUUACCAAAGUGGUGGUGCACCAGGAAACAGAGAUCACCCCAGAGUAACAGGCUGAACCCUGGGAAGGAAAAAACACUCAGCUGCCCCCACCCUCUCCUCACUUGUGUCAUCAUUUCCACGUUUUACCUCAGUGCCCCCCACCGCCACACCCAGCUGCACUGCCUUGGAUGAUAAACACCAGACCAAAUCAGAGGGAAAAAGCUUGAACUUGGACCCCUGGACUUAGACCUCCAUGCUUGUGGAGUUUGGCCUGAAGGAGAUGGAAUUGUCAGAAAAAAAAAAAAAAAAAACCUUCCAAGAAUCCUCCGGUAUUCCCCACAAUCCCCCCCCCCACCCCCCCCCCCCCCCCCCCCCCCUCUUUUCCUCACUGCCAAAAGACAAAGCACUGGACUGAUCGAAAUUUCUUUUUCUUUUCUUUUUUUUAAGGAGAAAUGAAAAUAAAUUACAGCAUUUGUGGAUUUAUUCCUCUCCGAUUUGUCUGGAGAUUUUAAGAAAAUUUUCAAGGGCAUUUGGUCUUUUAAUCUUGAGAUUACUGGUACUUUAUUUUUCUACAGCUUUUCUUACCAUCAUAAUUGAUUAUCAACAACUUGGAGGUCAAGUUUUUUUAAUGACUUGUUCCAAACUACAUCAAGAAUGGGAUUGUGGGUGAUUUUUCUUGGGACUGUACAUCAUCAGGGCAUAAGGAUUCCUCUCAAGUUUUAAUACUGGUGUCAUCUCAUGUACAGUAAAUAUUAUUUUAUUUUCCCUCUCAAUGUGAAAAAAUAUUUUUUCAAUGUAUGUGUAAAAAGAUUGAUAAGAUAAUAAUUUGGGGGAUGAUUGUUACAUCUUUUGCUUGUUUAAGAUAAGUUGGCAUUUUUUCAGUCCAUAUCUCACUAGGAUGUGGCUUUAUCACAACCGAGGAGACAACAGUAUGUUGCAAUGAUGACAAUUUUAUUUCAUUAUUUAUUCUCAUCUUUUUUGUGUUUUGCAUUUUAGAUAGCCUGCCUAAGUACAGGUAUAUGUAGCUUCAUGGUUUUGUAUUAAGCAGAUCACCAGCUAGAGCUCUGUUAAUUUGUACUGGGCAUGGCAGCAAUGUUUUGUUCUGCAUACAUUUCAUUCUCACGUGUUUCUACUUUUCUACCAAAAGGGGCAGUGUGUACUCAGCCAACCCAGAAUGUUUCCCAUAUAACUCAAACAGCAUUGAAAUUAGUUAGAUAGACUUAAAUGGUAGACUUGGGUAGACUUAAAUGACAAUUGCAAAAGCAACUCUUUUCAUUAUCAGUCUCUACAAGGAGAUAAAUAUUGUUAUGGUAAUGUAUAUUAAGUAUAUUAAUUUACGCUGCAAGGUAUAAGGCCAGAAGAUUAAAUCCAACCUCCUGUGUAGUAUGCACUGUCCCUUCAAAAUAGACACAUAUUUAGUACAGCACAUGCAUUUUCUAAUGUUUGGUCUAUUUUAAAACAUGAUGCUUUUUUAGUACAAAUAAUAUUCUGUGCAGCCCCUAAUGUGUUGUAGUUACUUCAGUGUGCUGUCGUCUUCAUCAUGGCACUCCAUUUUCUUUUGUCUGACCUGGGAGCUGAAAACAAGCAAACCAACACAUAUAGGUUUGUGUUUCGUUCUUAGUUGUGAACCUUCUCUUUCCCAUUACUGGAAAACAAAAUGUAAUAAAAGAGCACCAUGCACUGAAUAAACACAAGUGUAGACACUUUA